ACUCUGGUCUCGCUCCUUGACAACCCCGGCGGGGGUGCUCUGGCCGCGGCCCCGGCCCUCGGCCCCCGCGGGAGCAGAGCCCCUCGGGGAAGGACGCUUCCUGGUCCCUCCUGGUUGGCAGGGCUGAUUCCUGAAGCACUUGGUGACCUCUGCCGGCCCCAGCCCCCCCAGGAAGCUCCCAUCACCCCUCCAGGGGCUGCAGUGGAAGGACCAUGGGGGAAACGGAAGGGAAGAAAGACGAGGCCGAUUAUAAGCGACUGCAGACCUUCCCUCUGGUCAGGCACUCGGACAUGCCAGAGGAGAUGCGAGUGGAGACCACGGAGCUCUGUGUCACAGCCUGUGAGAAAUUCUCCAACAACAAUGAGAGCGCGGCCAGAAUGAUCAAGGAGACGAUGGACAAGAAGUUUGGCUCCUCGUGGCACGUGGUGAUCGGCGAGGGCUUUGGCUUUGAGAUCACACACGAGGUGAAGAACCUGCUCUACCUGUACUUCGGGGGCACCCUGGCUGUGUGUGUGUGGAAGUGCUCCUGACGGCGCCCCACCCCUGCGCCCCCCGCUUGCUGUGGCUCCAGGAAGUGGGGCAGCCCUCACCGCUGCCAAGUUCCCUGCGAGAGUUAGAGUCUGGACUUGUUUGCGCCAGUUUCCUGAGCCAUACCUGUGCACAACUCUCCAGGCGGCUCUCCUCCUAGGCUGGCAGCCCCUCUGAGGCCCAAGGCAUGGACCAGGUGGCAGGUGGCGGUCCCUGUGGGGGAAGGGGAGACUGUGACCGGAUGAAGGUAGGGGACAGGGGAAGAUGGUGCUUAUCUUCUGUGGCCCUGCCAGUGCCCCCUGCCUGAGGACCACUCUCCCCUUAUGCCCAAGGGGCCCCACUAUGCUGUUCCCAGCACCGUGGGGAAGGGUCCCCUGCCCCUUCCCAUAGUGGCCAUAGGAUAUUCUCUUCUCAAGGACCUGGGCAGCUUCUCCUUUUGUCUAUGCGAAUAUGGUGACCCCACCCCACCCCACCCGCCGCACACCCUGGCUCCAGGCCUUCCUCGGGCACCCUGCCCCCCAACCCUAGGCUGCUGGACCCUGUGUGCUGCCUAAAGGCGAGCCUGGUGCCCAAGGUGCAGGGCUGUCCCCGAACGGCCACCAGCUGUCCCAGCCGCCUGGUCUGGAGUGCUGUAGCCAGGAGGCCGCUUCGGCAGGGAGAGCUGGUGCGCCAGCUCCUGGUCGUCUCGGACCACGCAUUUGUUUGUAUUUGUCUCAGCUGGAUUUUCUAUCUUCUUUUGAGUGUGGGAGAAGGGUUUUAGUAGAAGGUGAACCGUAUUUUACACAGCGGUCUUAUUUAUACAAAUGUCUUGGUUUUUGCAAUUAAAAUGACCAAAAAACAGA